GGCGUCAUUUUGAGUGACAAACUCAACGCAGCUGCGUAAUACCAUUUUCAAAAGCUUAUAGCUUACAUAAAGAAAUUGCAAAUAAAAAGCGCUCUUGUUGUAACAAAAACAAAACGCCAGAAGUUUCGUAUCAUGCUUCGUUAAUAAAUUUAUAUGUUUACGUUGUAUGAAGAUUUUAUAAUUUAACUUUCUUUUUAAAAAUACACAAAAAGUAAAAAGUUAUAAAAUUUUAUUCGACUACCUAUUUACUGAAAAAAUAUCUUUAACAUGGGAGUUGUGAGUAUUCACCAAUUUCCUAUUCCUGAAGGUAAAAGUGGCCAGCAAGCAGCAGAGUUAUUACAAAAAAGAUUAGAAACAAUAGGAGCAGUGAAAACUGGAACAUUUUGUGUUGAAUGUGAAACCUAUUAUGCUGCUGCACAUAUUAAUCCAAACCGAGCAGUUAAUAUAAUUCACAACAGUGAGCAUCCAGUUACUUGUUUUGCGUUAUUAGAUUCUGGAACUUGUUUGAUGGCAGAUUCUCAGUUUGACAUGUUAAUGGCAAAAAUGACUGGCAUAUAUCUUCCUAAAAAGGCAAUAAAAAUUGAAUCAAAAGGACCACGUUUUGAAGUCCAAGAUUUUGUGAUUAAACUCGGAAGUGUUUCUAUUGGACCUAGUUUCCGUGGAAUUUUAGUUGAGGUUGAAUAUACUCCAUGCGUUAUACCUCUAAGUUGUUGGGAUUUAAUGAGAGAAUUGUUACAAGGAUUCAUGGGAAAUAGUGUGCAAUGUCCUUCUCAGUACCUACAAUCUAGAAUGAAUGAAAUUUAUACACCUGUUGAUACUGUUCAACAAUAUAUGGAACAUUUUAAUGCUUUCAGAAGAGCUCCAUCUGGUGUUCGAUAGUAACACUUCAUAGUUUUUCUUGGAUUUUAUUGUUAAACGUUUACUUUCAUUUAAUUAGAACCAGUAUAAUAAUCUGGUGUUGUGACCUUUAUUUCAUUUGCUGAUAAUAUUCACUUUGUAAAUAUUCAUGAUGUAUGGAUGAUAAAUUUCUUGUCUUGC